GCAGAGUGCGAGUGAGUUGCUGGAAUUGAGCAGGAGCCUGGGCAGAAAGUGGGAAACACACAGAGAAGGAAAGAGUUGGAUUAAAACAACUGCUCUCCCCCCCACCCCCGCCAAGCACUGGGAGGAAGUGCAGUGUGCCCUCAAAUUGGAUUACUUCCAGCCACUGGGGCUUCUUCCUCUCUGAACCUUUUUAUUGUUUCCCUUUUGUUUGGGGAAAUCCAGGGGACACAGAUGUUUGUGGAAAGCUGAGGCGAUGGUUUCUGCAGCAGGAACUCGGGAGCUUGCCUCGCAGAAGCUGGUGCUGCCUCCGCCACAGCCCGGGACGGUGCUGCUGCUGUUCCAAGUUUCUGUGUGAGGAAGGGAACUGAGAUUCUUAUGAUCCUCUUCAUCACCUGUUUGUGCCCUGUGUCCUGAGGCAGUUCUGCUGGCUCUCUCCCGCUCCAAAUCUAAACCAAAUAAACACCAUGUCGAAAGUGAUUCAGAAGAAAAACCACUGGACCACCAAAGUGCACGAAAGCGUGGUCGCCAAGAACAAGCAAGGGGAGCUGCCUUUUGUCAUCUCAGGUGGGGCUGAGAGUGGAGAGUUUUCCUACUUGCGGGAGGCAAACCAGGAUCAGAUCGUUUACAGCUCCGGCGAGCUGAGGGAAGGCGAGUUGCUGCUGGAAGUUGAUGGAGUCCAUGUGUCCGGGCUGCCCCUCUAUGAUGUCCGCGCCCUGGUCAGGAGCUGCAAGGGGCCGAUCCGCCUGAAAACUGUCAAACAAGGAAGCAAACUAAACAAGGAUCUACGGCACUAUCUCAGUCAACGAUUUCAGAAAGGAUCGGCAGAUCACGAACUGCAACAGACAAUACGGGAUAAUCUUUAUCGACAUGCUGUGCCUUGCACAACUCGACCACCUCGAGAGGGAGAAGUUCCUGGUGUUGAUUACAACUUUCUCACAGUGAAGGAGUUCUUUGACCUUGAGGAGAGUGGUACUCUUCUAGAAGUUGGAACAUAUGAAGGUAACUAUUAUGGAACACCCAAACCUCCAAGCCAGCCACUCAGUGGGGAAGUAAUUACCAGUGAUGCUCUGCGAAGUCCUCAGGCUGGCACAAAGCCGACUCCAAAACGAAGCAAAUCCUACAAUGAUAUGCAAAACGCUGGAAUAGAGCAGCUGGAAAAUGAAGACGAUGAGGAAAACCCUGAAAUGAAUAGCAGUUUUACAGAUUCCAGUGAGCAAGACGAACAAAACAGUCACGCCCCCAAAGAAGAGGCACCUCAGUCUCACAACCUCAAUAGCUCCAGUAUCCCGAGUGCCGAGCUGCUUCAGCAACCAAUACAAAAUUCUAAUCUCCCAACAGACGACCUUGGCCCUUUGCCUGACAACUUGGAAAUGGCAUUUACUGAAAAUGGGGAAGUCUACUUUAUUGACCACAAUACAAAGACUACAUCAUGGCUUGACCCAAGGUGCCUGAGCAAGCAGCCAAAACCACUCGAAGAAUGUGAAGAUGAUGAAGGGGUACACACAGAGGAACUGGACAGUGAAAUAGAGCUACCCUCUGGGUGGGAGAAGAUCGAUGAUCCUGUUUAUGGUGUCUACUAUGUCGAUCAUAUCAAUAGGAAGACGCAAUAUGAAAAUCCUGUUGCUGAAGCCAAACGCAAAAAGCAGCUUGAACAGCAGCAAGCAGAAGAGUGGACAGAGCAACAAGCAUCUCCUGGAUCCAAAGCUCCAACCUAUGUGCAGAAUAAUCAGGAAUCUUUCAGAGAAACACCAGCACAAGGCAAGCCCUUCUUUACAAGAAACCCUUCAGAACUGAAAGGGCAGUUCAUCAAUACCAAGCUGAAGAAGAGUACCCGAGGGUUUGGUUUUACAGUGGUCGGUGGUGAUGAACCUGAUGAAUUUCUACAGAUUAAAAGUUUAGUUCUCGAUGGGCCUGCAGCUCUGGAUGGCAAAAUGGAGACAGGUGACGUUAUAGUAAGUGUAAACAGCAGUUGUGUACUGGGAUACACCCAUGCUCAAGUUGUAAAAAUAUUCCAGUCUAUUCCAAUUGGUUCAACCGUGGAUCUUGAACUUUGCCGGGGUUAUCCUCUGCCAUUUGAUCCAGAUGAUCCAAAUACUAGUUUGGUGACAUCAGUAGCUAUUUCAGAUAAAGAGCCAAUUGUUGUCAAUGGGCAAGAAAAUUAUGACUCCCUUUCAAGCCACAGUAGCCAAACAGCUCCUGCGAAUGUGAAUGGAGUGAAAGACCAGAGACCAUAUAGUCCAUCAUCUGGUGAUGUUUCAUCAAAUGGAUCCCAUACAGGCUAUACCAAUGACAAUGUCUCCUUGGCUUCCUCAAUAGCAACUCAACCUGAACUUAUAACUGUCCAUAUAGUCAAAGGCCCUAUGGGUUUUGGUUUUACCAUAGCUGACAGCCCUGGAGGUGGUGGCCAAAGAGUUAAACAAAUUGUGGAUGGUCCACGCUGUCGUGGUCUGAAGGAAGGGGAUCUCCUGCUAGAGGUCAAUAAGAGGAAUGUCCAGAAUCUAACCCACAAUCAAGUAGUUGAUACACUGUUAGAAUGCCCCAAGGGAAGUGAAGUGACACUCCUGGUUCAACGAGGAGGGCCGCCUCCGAAGAAAAGCCCCAAGUCGCAAGCACUGGAAAGGAAGGACAGUCAGAACAGCUCCCAGCACAGUGUCUCUAGCCAGCGGAGCGCAAACACUGCUUCACCAGUCCUGGGUGCCCCUGGGCUUCCAGACUACCCUUCAAACGAGGCACCAGCACUGGAUCAAGCAGAUAGUUCUGUGCAAAGGAAACCGGAUCCUUUUAAAAUUUGGGCUCAGUCAAGAAGCAUGUAUGAAAGUAGACUUCCUGAUUAUCAAGAACAAGACAUUUUCCUCUGGAGAAAAGAAACUGGAUUUGGUUUUAGGAUACUUGGUGGAAAUGAGCCAGGAGAGCCAAUCUACAUAGGCCAUAUUGUGCCACUGGGUGCUGCAGAUGCAGAUGGACGGCUGCGCUCUGGUGAUGAGCUAAUAUGUGUGGAUGGCACAGCUGUGGUUGGAAAGUCCCACCAACUUGUUGUUCAGUUAAUGCAGCAAGCAGCCAAACAGGGCCAUGUUAAUCUGACUGUGAGACGUAAAGUGGUUUAUCCAGCAGCCAUUCCAAAACCUGAGACUGAAGUCCCUGCCUCUCCAGUCUCGUCGCAUCACAGCAGCAACCAAGCAGUUUCUCUGACUGAAGAAAAGCGCACCCCCCAGGGCAGUCAGAACUCUUUGAACACAGUGAGCUCUGGCAGUGGCAGUGCCGGUGGAGGUGGCACUGGUGGUGCUGGUGUUGGAGGGGGUGUGCAGCCAUAUGACGUGGAGAUACGGCGUGGAGAAAAUGAAGGCUUUGGUUUUGUUAUUGUCUCGUCGGUUAGUCGCCCAGAAGCAGGAACCACGUUUGGCAAUGCAUGUGUAGCCAUGCCUCACAAAAUAGGUCGGAUCAUCGAAGGAAGCCCUGCAGACCGUUGUGGCCAGCUUAAAGUUGGAGAUCGCAUUUUGGCCGUUAAUGGAUGUUCGAUUACCAACAAGUCCCACUCGGAUAUUGUCAACCUGAUCAAGGAAGCUGGAAACACUGUAACCUUGCGCAUCAUUCCUGGUGACGAAUCCUCCAAUCCAUCCUUGCUAACAAAUGCAGAAAAGAUUGCAACAAUUACAACUACUCAUAACCCUCAGCAGCCACCACAGGAUGGUGGAAGGAGUAACACAAAACCAAAGCGAGAUGGAUCGUAUGAUUAUAAGUCAGCUCAGGAACCUGAACUGUACACUGUGGAAUUGGAUAAGGGACCAAAGGGUUUUGGAUUCAGUCUUCGUGGUGGGCGUGAAUACAACAUGGACCUUUAUGUACUCCGAUUAGCUGAGGAUGGUGCUGCCAUCAGAAAUGGUAAAAUGAAGGUUGGAGAUGAAAUUCUGGAGAUCAAUGGAGAAUCGACCAAGAAUAUGAAGCAUUCUCGUGCGAUAGAAUUGAUUAAAAAUGGUGGUCGGAGAGUAUGCCUAUUUCUGAAACGUGGAAAUGGUUAUGUGCCAGAAUAUGACCCAAACAAUGACAGGGGCAGUUCCACAACAGGUUCACAAAAUGUACCGGAAGUGAAAUAUUUAUCAGAAAGACGAACUCAUCCAUCACUGGAACCCAACUAUCCACCAGAAAUUCACAUAUCAUCACAGCACAGGGAAAGGAGGAUUAGUGAACAAGAAGAGCCAAUAGGCAGAAAAGAACACAGCAGACCAACCAAGGAACACCACACUACAACCUGGAAUGGUACUUCCAAAAGGAAAGAAAAUGGACCGGCAAGGAGGAAGGACAGAUCACCUGAGAGGAAACAACGUCAAGAAAGAAAGGCAGAAAAUGGAUACCAUCAAAGGUCUCUUGAAAGAGGUAGGGAAAUAUCACGGAUGACUGCUCAAAGCAUGGAGUGGAAUGAAAGAUCUCUUGGCAGACACAAAGAGGGACCGUACGAAAGGAGAAAAAGGUCACCUGAAGGGAAAUGGCAAGACUUACCUGACAGGAGGAGGGAAAGGUCACCUGACAGAACAAGAGAAAGGUCACCUUACAGGAGGAAAGAAGCAACAGCUGAGAGAAGAAGAGAGCGGUCACCUGAGAGAAGGAGGCAUAGGUCACUGGACACAAAAAGAGACAGAUCACCUGAAAGAAGAAGCAAAGUUGAUGAAAGAUCGAGGCACAGAGAUGAACAUAACAUGGAGAAAAAUGACUUUAUCAGAAGUUCUAGGCAAUCCCCACAGCCUAGAAGGAAGGCUAUUCGAGAAUGCAGCACUGAUCUCAGCAUCUAAAUGAAGGAUUAUGCACUGGACAAGUCAAGUUCUGUCUAAAAGGGCAACAUAGGUUCUCUGAACAGAUCCAAAGUUGAUCAUUGCUUGUCACCUUGAAAAGACUAGAGGCCUAUUAAUGUAAAAAGAAGAAUAUAAACAAAAAUGACACUGUACAUAUGUCAGGAAAAUGUUAACAGUAAAAUGUGCCUGACCCAACAAAAGCUAGGGAUUGCUCAAAAGGAAAAUAGUAUUGACAUUACAUGUGAAAUGUAAGCCUUAAUUGUAUUAUUGAUUUUAGAUAACUUGCCAGAUAUUUUGUUAGUCUUUGAGGUGUCUCCAAUAUUGUAAUGAAACCAGGCGACAUUAGCACAAAAUAAUUGCACUUUGUCGAAAACUAUGCCGUUUUAAUAUGAAGUAUUUUUCUAUAUCACACAAAAGGUUUGGACGCUUUCUGAAACAUCUAAGAAUUGAUGGAUGUGGUAUAGUUUUAAGCUGGUAAGUUGCUGAUCAAACAAAAGAAGAGCAAGCUUCUAAACUGGAGUAAUAAGACUCAUGAUGUUGACAUUCUCAUGAAGGAGAGUGUGUUUAAAUUAAUAGAAAAUGGCUAAAGAGACUGCUAACUUCAGCAACAAUUGUAAACAGGUGGUAUAUUCAAGAUUUGAAGUGGAAUAGUCGUGUAAAUUAAUUUGAUUGUUUCUAAGCCAAUUGCAAAGGGGGACUGUGUGGUGAAGGUCUGCUGUGGCACUGCUUGAAAACAGAGGAAAAAGCUGCCUUGCUGAGCCAUGAAGAAGCUCUUCAUUAUUGUUGAACCACUAAGUGAACUGCUUUCAGUGCUUCAGUGUGUAUAUGUAUACUGUUCACAUUUCCAUUACAACACUAAAGUAAGCAUUGCAAGUUUUAUCACUGUUGUUGCCAUGGUACUGUACAAAUGUAUGACUAACCAUCUUGUGUACAAAGUUUAAAUUGUAAUUAUUAGAGCCUGUUGGAAAUGUUGCCUUUCUUGUAAAAAGAGUGAAACUAUGGCAAAACUAGUUGUGAGGAAUGUGAUAGUGUUUAUAUUUCAAAAAUUGAACAAACUGAUUUAUGGGACAUAUUUUAAAGUAAAAUGAUUCAGGUAUAUAAAACUGUUUUCAAAUGGAAUACUCUAUCAGUAAUUAUUAAGUUUUUGUUGGUUUUGAAAUUCUAUUUCUUGAUGGUGAACCUGCCUGUAUAUUAUGAAACACUUGUAUGCAGUCUGUGUUCUUUAAGCAUUAAUUCUUGCGAUGUGCUAUAGGCCUAAUGUUCUGCUGUGUAGAUUGAAAGCAAUAUAUGGGCAAAUCUUUUUAUAAAACACUAUGCAUAUAUAAAUACUACAUUGUUCGUAGCUUGACCCAUGUGGCUAUACACAUAACUUUAGUGUAGUGCAGUAUAGUAUGUAGAUGUUAAUAUUAUCCGUAUAGCUUCUUCCCUUCCCUGCCCCAAUCCCUGAAACAGAUCACAAUGUAUAUGUAGCUACAAAAAGAAGUCUGUGAAUGCUAUUUUUAUUAUCAAAUAAAGUUUUCCAUACAAAUU